AUGGGUGCGAAUCACUCAUCACAAUCCGUUGAAGAUAGCGAUGACGAAGAAGAAGAACAAGAAGAAGAAGAAACCAACGUUAACGGCCAUAUAAGUGGGUCCCAAUUACGUAACCACCUUAUAGUCAAGAAGGUUCUAGAACAAGAACCCGAAAUGCUUCCAUGCCACGCGUCAGCUUCUCCGCUUUCUCCGCAACUGUCGUCUCUGGGAACGCCGCGGCUUGGUCCGUCGAUAAAGGUAUGGGAUCCGUACAACGUUUUGGCACCGCCGACGCCGCUUCAGUCGCCUCCGGUGGGGAUGUUUUCGCGGAGUUUUUCGUCGGUGAGUGAGGAUGAGGUUGUGGAGGUUUAUUUGAUCUGUCAUGGGGAAUGUGAGUUGAAUUUGGCGCCGGAGUUGGUUGGAGGUAGGUGUUCGGAGGCCGUAUUGACGCCGAAUGGGAAACGGCAGGCUAGGGCUUUGGCUGUUUUUUUGAAAUCUCAGGGAGUUAGGUUUAAUGCGGUUUAUUGUUCGGCGUUGGAUCGGGCUAGGUCAACUGCGGUUUCGGUGUGUAAGGAAAUCAAUUUCUCAGAGGAGCAAAUUCAAUCCUCAGAUGCACUUUCCGAGAUUAGCCAAGGAAAUUGGGAGGGCUGUCUUCGAUCAGAAACAUACACCCCUGAAGUUAUGAGCUACAUUGACAGGUUCCAGCCAGAUUUUGCCGCACCUUCUGGAGAAUCACUUAGACAAGUAGAAUUCCGAAUGAUUCGUUUUUUAAAUGAGACUGUCUUAGGAUUACAUGAAAAACUGAGACUAGUUUUCUCGUCACAUCAAAAUGACAGUCACACAUUUUCUCAGCACAAUUCCCAUGCUCUCACAAACUCAAUUCAUGACCAAGAUGGAAACUCUCUCCAUUCAAACCAAUGGGAUUCUCUCACCAGGCAUCGACCUGCAUUCUCAAGGAAAAAAUCUGGUAAGAGCAGGCUACAAUUUGUGACAACUACCGGAGAUGAGAUCGAAGACGACAUUCCUUCUAGCAACGUAAACCAUGAAAGUUCCCUGCGUAAUUCUAAUUUCAGCAGCUUUUCAUCAUCUGCUUCUUGUAUAGGACUAUUUACUCAUUCUGUGCCAAUCAAGUGUCUCCUUACCGGUCUUCUUGGAUGUAGUCCCUUGAUGUCACAUAAGUUCUGCAUAGAAGACUCUUCAGUGACUGUGUUGCAGCACUCUCUCAGAACUGGUUGGCAGAUAAAAAAGCUGAAUGAUACAGCUCAUCUCAGGCUUCUCUAG